CCAAGAUACUGACUACUAAAAAAAUAGGCUGGACAAAGGCAGCCAGACAUUUUUAUGUUCUUGAACCACCAGACAGACAGGCUAGCUCUUCUUCACAAUGGUGUCUUCUGGACUUUUGAGGAUCCUGGUGAUAUCCAUCCUUCUAGAGAAUGUCCAAGGGUUUAGUCUGGCUGAAUUGCUCUCUCCAAGGAGAUGCCCCAGAAUCCGAGAGGGAUGCCAAUUCAAAGAAAGGGAUGAGUGCUCGAAGAACAAAACCUGUCCGGACAAGAAGAAGUGCUGUGUCUUCAGCUGUGGGAAAAAAUGUUUAGACCUCCAACAAGAUAUAUGCAGUCUGCCGCAAGAUCCUGGUAUCUGCCUGGCCUAUUUUCGUCGCUGGUGGUAUAAUAAGGAAAAUGAUACCUGUUCCAUCUUCAUCUAUGGUGGCUGCCAAGGAAACAGAAACAACUUCCAAACCAAAGACUUGUGUCAGAAUUUUUGCUCCAAAAAACGUGAGUUCCAGGGGCCUUGAUAUCCCAACCUCACCAGGGCCACGUGGGAGGUCUGGGUGUUGGCUAGUCCAUUCUAGGAGGGCUGCAACCUUGGCAGACUAGCUGCUGACACAAUAAGCUCCAAUCAGGAGGUAAGAAUCAAUCUCACAGAGGGCUGGACAGGGGCUUCCUGAGAACCGAGACUGGGGAAAAACGUGGUC